CCGUGCCUGUACUUCGUAGUUUGAAAUUCCCUGCUCUGCUUCCAUGCCCGGCCGAAACGCAGAGUGAAAUGGUGGGCUGAACGCUUGGAUUUUGUGGUAUGUAAUUCGGAGCCUGCGUCCAGAACUCGCCCCAUAUUUCGGAGGAACAGUUUCUAGUCGACCAAAGGUUCGGAAAGGGUCAACUCACAGGGAAAAAUUGAUUGCCGUACCCGUACUUUAUGACAUUGUGAACGAGAAGAAGUCUGGCAGGUGGGAUAGCUGCCAAGACCCUUUAGCCACAGCCUUACCUCUUACAGACCUCACUCGAGAAGUGAGGCUUACGAGAGCGCCCAGCCCAGCAUCGAAAGGAACACGAGGCACAAUCAUCAUCGCAGGCCGGACUGACUUUUUUUAAACUCAAACCAACAAACAUACGUACGCCAUCGCCCGUCACCAUCAUCCACCACCCAUCACUGCUCCUUCUCCUCCUUCGCUCUCCCCUCGCUUUCUCCCCCGACCACUCAACUGCCCGUUGCGAACGACUCUACGAUAACGAGCACUACGAACCAAACAUAUAGACUUUCCCCACCAGGAACGUGAUAGAAACAAAUCUGCAACGAUGGGGAUCAUGGAGAGUAUCGGAUCGGAGUUUAAGACCAGAAACUUUAGUGAGUUGCCGUGCCCUCAUGAUUUUCGAUAAGUUGGUUUGAGCACGACGGAUGGGAUGGGGCCAGAUAUGAAGAUCGAAGCUGACCGGAAAUGUGUGUAAUGUACAGGUAUAUACGGUCAAUGGUUAGAGCCUCCCCAUAGACAGAACACGCAGGCAGGGGACGGUUCGCUGAUUGAGUGAAAUAGGACGGGUAUCAUAGCGAUUCUACUUUGUAUCGCCGUCGGCAUCGCAAAUGUUUUCCACGCUUCUCUACUCAUUAUCUUCUCGGUCAUUUGCUUGUUAGUUGUCCGGUGCUAUUCAUCCUCCUUUAUAAUCUUGGUUUGCUAACAAAUUUCUGCCGCUUGUAGAGUUUCCGGUCUCCUACUUAUCUUCAUCGAAAUCCCAUUUCUUCUGCGUAUUUGCCCAACUUCAAAGAAAUUUGACGACUUUGUUCGCAAAUUCCACUCAAACUAUGGACGUGCCGGUAUCUACUUGGUUAUGGCCACUAUCCAGUGGGUCAGCAUUGUUAUCGAUGCGUCUAGUUUGAUCGCUGCGGCGGUAGUCUUGACCUUUGCUGGCGGUUUUUAUGGUUUGGCUGGCCUUAAAGGACAAGAGUUCAUGGGAAGCAAGACAUUGGGCGGAGCUGGCGUCGCACAGAUGAUAGUUUAAAAAGAGACGGAAGGGUGCUUUAUGCAGAGGAGGCAUUCGGAGCAGGUGGUAAGGCACUGGGAAAGGUGUCGUGUAAAACGUCAGGAGAUGAGCGGAUAUUCCUUCUCAUGAGUGUGGACGGGAUUCAUUUUUCUAUUUCGUUUUUCUUCUUUUCUUUUACGAUGGGACAUGGAUUCUUUUUUCUUUUUUUCUUUCUCCACCGCUUCCCCUACCCACCCUCCGGAUCACUCAAUGAUGCGUUUUAAUGAAUCAGUGGGAUAGCUUUUGUCGGUUUCCUUUCGCACAUUUUCCUUGUUAUGUCCCAUAGGUGAGUGGAGGGCACAUCUGGUGUUCUCCACACUUGUGGACGGCAGGGAAGGAGCUAUCUCUACAAUGACGAAAGGAAGGAGGUUCCCGUUCCCCAAAGGUGGCUGUCUCGAGGGGAGAAAAAAAGUUGGGAUAGCCUCUAGCCGCAGGAACUUUCUACAUUGUAUAUUUACUUGUAUGAGCUAUCUUUAUGAG